AUGCGGAGGCUUCUUCUCAAGGACGACCGCUUCCUGCGCGACACGUUCCUGCCGUUUCUCAACAUUGAAGACUUUGGCACGCUCAGCGGUGUAUGCCGGCGUCUCAAGCGGUCCACGUACGACCUCGACGUCAUCGUCCGCUGCGUGGAGUCGGGAGGGGUCACGGAUGCCACCAGAGGGCUCAUGUGGCUCAUCAUGGUGGGCAUGGACACCGUCGAGCCGUCCUCGAGGGGGGUGCUGGGCGUUGUCAUACGCGAGCGUGCGGAGAGCCCAGAGGAACAGUACGAUCGUCUGCACCGGGCGAUGAACGGUACGGUUUCUAUAGCAAGUCCGGUGAAACUAACCGGUACGCCGGCUGGACGGGACGGUGACAACGGUGGCGGCGAAGCACAAACAGCACCAGCGGGGCCAGGCGCGGACAGCGGGAAAGAGGGAGAUUCGCAGCAGCAGCAGCAGCAGCUUAAGCCGGCCGGGGUCGGCGGACGGCAAGGGUUGCUCUUGAGCAGCGACGACGAGAGCGAUGCCAACAACAUGACCAGUCGCAGCAGAGGCAACAGCGACUCCUCGGCGGGGUGCGUGGCCGGCGAUGGCGGAAGGCUAAGCGACGAGGGCAGCGGCGGCGGCGGCGGCGGCGGCGGCGGCGGCAGCAGCAGCGUGACCGACGCGGGGGGAUGCGCGAGCGUCGGCGGGGAGAGCGUGCUGCUGUGGGAAGACUCGGGCCACGGCAAGGGGGGGGCGCCGUCCACGACGUCUCCGCGGCUGCAGCUGGAGCCCGUCAUCGCUAGUAGGCCACCCACUGCAGACGAACAAACCACGGCGCCGCCUCCAGCGGCGGCGACGAGCGGUGUCGUGGGGUGGGCGAGCGGGCUGUUCAGGAGAACAUCGGGGACAGGGUCUCCGCGAACUGGUGGCGAUUCGUCCCCGGGUGCAACGAGGGCAUCGUCCUUGGGAUCCCAGGAGUCGGGGCCGAACUUGACCAACGGCGCUUCGGAAGCGCAAACAUCGGCGAUGUCGAGGAUGAGCAGCAAAAGCCGGCUGUUCGGUGGUCUCCGAUACUCGCGCGCCAGCACGCCGGUGAGCACCCUCCCGGCCGACAAUCCUUCCCCGUCUGCGGAGCCCUCAGAAUCGUUUUUCGGCAAGAACUCUGGGAAGGAGGAGGAAGAUACGCCGCCCGGUGAUGAUGCUGCUGGUGCCGUCGUCAACAGCGAGGGGGAUCAGAAGAAUGGCAAAGAGAACGAAGGAGAGGCGCUGAUCGAACGAGUUCCAGGGCUGUACUCGGCCCUCCUCAUGAGCGCCGAUGCGAUGGACGCGAACGACAUGACGGGUGUUCGAGGUCCGAAGCAGAGCUGCUUCGUCGACAUCGAAAAGGACUUGCAACGGACGUUAGGAAUGACGGAUGUUUCUCCGCUUCGGAACGUGCUGCGGUGCACGUCGACCUUCGUGCCAGACGUUGGAUACGUCCAGGGCAUGAACUUUGUGUGUAGGUCCGUGCUGCAGGUGUUCCAAGACGAGGAAGAGGCGUUUUGGGUGUUCGUGGGCAUGCUGCAGAGGUUCCGCCUGCGCGAGCUUUACUGUCCGGGGAUGCCAUUGCUUCGGCUUCGGUUCUUCCAGCUAAACCGGCUGCUGAUGUGGCACCUUCCGGAGCUGUACGACCAUUUCGAGGCGUGCGGUGUCCAGACCAACCUGUACGCCACUAGCUGGUUCGUCACGCUCCUGUCGGACGGGGGCAUGCUUCCCGAUAGCGAGGUGAAGGUGGUCUGGGAUCACAUCUUUCUCCACUCCUCUAGCCCGGCCUCCCAGUGGGCGCCGAUGUUCCUCUUCCUGCUAGAGCUGUUGAGGCGGGCUUCCCCCGCCCUAAAGGAAGAGUCUCGAUUCAGCGAGCUCAUCCAGAGGCUGGUGAACAUGCCCUUCCGAGAGCUGUGUCGGGGGAGCGGGGCUUGCAGCACGAUCGAGGAGGGUCGAAGGCGUUUCGAAACGUCUUCGCCGAUGCCUGUGCAGCUGCUGCUGCUGAACGACCAGUGGACGGAGGGGGGCGGAGAAGACGGAGAAUUGUCCCCGAAGCACGACGGCGACAAGCAGCUCUUGUGACGUCAUCCAUGACGCCCGUCCGGGUUCUGUUGUUGUUGCGCUUCCGGUCAGGAAGUGUGUGAACGUAGUUGAAAAGUGUUGAAAGCGGGAGUUGUGUACGAGGUAUCCGAGAAGAGUCGCGCCCUGCUGUAGGGGGAGGGGUCGGGGGAUUAUUCUGCCUCUGUUCCUGGCGUUUGUCGUGGAGCUCGUUCCACCCGCCCAACAAAUAAUGGACCGAUCGACGAGGAGCCGGAACGCGCGUUGAUAGCUUUCGACACCGACGUUGGUGGCGGGAGGGUGGGGGUCACGCGAUCGAUAAGUCCUUCGCCGUUGGCCUGGCCUGUCUUGAUAUCUUAUAUCCGGGUGAAAGAGGGUACAUCAUGGCAAGAGUCGUCUCGAUGCUCUCUACGGACGGCAACGCGCCUGCCGAAUGUAGCGGUGGGCGAGGAUGUAUGACAUGUCUCCCCCGGCGCGUCGGGCGUAAGCGCGUGCCUGCGAAAUCGUGCUACGCUUGCAUUGAUGGGCCACGGUUGGUGGAUGGACAUGAUAUAUGGGACCAUUAACCGUGAUGUCCCCCCCCCGUCCCCCGCUGAAGCUAUGGUCGCCGGCCAAAGGCAGUAAAAGCAGUGUCGGUCGAGCGGUGUAGAGACGGCAGCGGCAGCAGCAGCAGCAGUGGAGAGUCUCUACAGCUGAUUAACUGGCCUGGAUUGCGUACAGGAGCGGUGAGCGCAUCAGCUGCCUCCUUUCGUGCGCGUGUCUGCGAAGCCGGCGACCGCGACGAAGAGGGCGUUCUUUGAAUGGUCCAGAGCAGAGAACACCCCGAACACACUUCGGUGCGAGAGCCGAAAAUUCCAGGUUGAUGGCUUCCGUGUUUGUGGAUCCCCGUUUUUCGCUGUAUUCCCUCCGAUCAUGCCAGAGUUGUGGCGGGCUGACCGGCCUCAAGGAGUGAAGAAAGAGAGGGUUCGUGAUGCUGCCGAAGAGUUAUUUUCUGCGGCUUCGAUGAUAAAGAGAACCCUUUCUUCUGGCGGUGAUGGUCUAUUUUUACCGGGCUUGCGUCGUGGGAGGGGUUGCAAACUUAGAUAGGGCUUACAGGCACUAGGCUGUUUGCCGUCCUUCUGUAGGAAGCGUGGGACAUCCCCCCUCCCCCCCCCUUAUCCCGCUCACUGAUUGGGUUCGCUCUGUUUCUCCAGGCGAAGGUGGAAGUGAGGGGUACUUAGAGAAAUCUUUGCAGAGCGCCGAAUAACGGAUUCAUUUUAGCCAUGAUAUAUGGUGUGAAGGGAGUCAUGUUCUCCGCUCAGACUUUUGCGUGUGCAUCAUGUACUGUUGUCUCCCCUGGGCACCCCCUGUGCUCAGGAGGACUCAUGUUAGGCGCCGAAAACGCUGCCAGUGGGGUCUACCAUCACCUGUAGAUGUAGUAGAUGUUUUUCGGUUGCAACACAAUGGUUUUGGUUUGUUUUACCCCUUGGAAGAUGAAAAGGUGGAUGGAGGAUGAUGUAUCACGAUGUAUCACGAUGUAUCACGAUGUAUCACGAUGUAUCACGAUGUAUCACGAUGUAUCACGAUGUAUCACGAUGUAUCACGAUGUAUCACGAUGUAUCACGAUGUAUCACGAUGUAUCACGAUGCAUCACGAUGUAUCACGAUGCAUCACGAUGUAUCACGAUGUAUCACGAUGUAUCACGAUGUAUCACGAUGUAUCACGAUGCAUGGGACGGCUGGCCGUUGUUUUGAAGCCAUGUAUUCGUCCAUGUUUCAGACAAGAGGGACCAUCGUGUGAUACGAUGGUUUCCUGAAGUGAAAAAAGUUUGUAGAACGCGCUGGACGAAGUCGUGUCGAGUUGAUUUUAUGCUUGAGAAAUGGCUUAUCCAGCUGCUAGGAGGCUAUCUGCUUGAGGAGUGUCGUAUAGGCCAAUUUCGUUGUUCAUGCCGGUAGAUAAGUGUACCCGCUGUGACAACACUUGUUGAAUACCUGUGUUUGGGGUCGUCAUUUGUGGAUGACGUUUUUCGUGUGUAGUGUGUACAUUUGGUAGAGAUUCUCUUGCUUGCGGUGGAUGGAUCACUUCGUCGACGCCAACGUGAAAAGAGGAAUUCGCCCUCAACAGGCGUUGCGUCGGGGAGAAAUAGAUGGGGCCCUUUGCCACGCCAUAGCAAUCAAUGCAGUGCGGCGUUUUACUUUUUUCGCUCCCAGCGACCCCUGUCUCAUGUGUUGGCCGCGAUAUUGGGGUUUGCCACUUAUUUUCUGGUGUCUCAUGGCUGCUGCUGCUGGACGGAUAGUUGUAGAGUUUGGUGCGGU